UCACCGGAAAAGGGUGAAUGUCACAAUAACCCGAUAAUGAUAGACCAUGAGUUAAAAAUGGUAUAGUGGUUGCUUCUGAGAACUUAAUAAUGAUGUUCCAAAUGAAGGAAUUAACUUUUUGUGUUCUUUUCGUCCUGGUCAUAUUUGUCAGGGUAGAAACUCAGGACACUGGACCGAGAGCGUUUUUGAAAUGUCCCACCGCACGUGCCGCUACCUUUAUGUACUUUGCCGAUAUAUGGACCACGGUGCCAGAACCAAACACAGAUUACGAUUCUCUGAACUGUGGAAACGUCAAGAUAUUGCAUGGUGACUUGGAGGGAAGAUGUGGUGUAUGUGGAGACUUCUAUAAUGCACCGAGACACAAUGAAAUUCCGAACGGAAAAUAUGCCGCCAAUCGACAACCAACUUACCUCUAUCGGGAAGGCUCGGUCAUUAAUGUUACUAUUGAGGUAUCCGAAAACGGCAAUGGUGGAUACUACAUUUUCAAGCUCUGCAACCCGAAAAAUGCCUUAGAGGAAACACAAAGUUGCUUUGAUGAGACAGUUCUGAGUUUGGCUAAUUCUCCCAAUGUUAAAAAAAUAUAUGUUCCGAAGGUUAACGCUUCUAAUGACAUAGUGGUACCUUUACAACUGCCUACUGGAUUCUCAUGCAAACUUUGCACAAUGCAGUGGACGUGGGUUACAAACGUUGACGAGGGUUGUGAAGUUAUUGAAGGAACACGGAUUUGUGGUAAAGGUCUUGGCCCACAGACGACCCUUGUAAAUUGUGCUGAUAUUUCGAUUAUUCCUGAAUCUUCACAGAUUCCGACAAAUUUUGCUUGGCCUGAUUUCACUUCUAAAUAUGAUACUAUGACACACAAAGAAGAUAAGCACCAUCCUACUGUCCAGACAACGACACCUAAACUAAUUAUAGAUAGGAAGGAAGUAGCCACGACCCCGCCAAAAAACAAGCCUACGCCUGCGCGUCCUAUAAUUCCUAGGCCGAAAAGGCCUUAUUUAAGAAGACGACUGAUACCACAAACAAGACCAACAAUACCCCCAAAUAUACUUAUCAAAUCAGAGAAAACCCCGGAAACGACCAAAAGUCCAACUGUGGAUAAGAAAAAAUACAAGAAAGGGGUUGGUGGACUAGCCAUUGGUCUUCUAGAACUGCUGAUCCCGAGUGGUCUUAUGUUAGGUUUGGGUGGAAUGCUUUAUGAUCGCUAUGAACAAAAUCAGCAAAACACACUACUCGUUGCACAACCUGGAAUGAUGGUUAAUGGCGGUGUUGGCAUAAAUCCUGCCGCAGCCGAACACAGAGUUCUUGUUAAUGCUCCUUUGGCUGCUGGAGGUCUGACAGGUGUCGCCGGAAUUCCUACAGCAGGUGCCCCAAUGAACCCCGUCCCUAUCGCUGGGUUGUCCCCUGUUUUGACUGGAAUGCAAAUAAAUGAUGCACAGAUGCAACAAAUCAUUCCUCUUAUCCCCGUUUUGUCGGAUCCACAAAUUCUCCAUUUAAUUCCAGAAAACCGCGUAAUGCAAGUCCUAAUACCCUUAAUGGUAGAACGUCGUCGUCUGAUUCGAGUCUUUCCACACUUUACUCCUGAUCAGAUAACGCAAAUGCAUUUACAGUAUCAUGCGAUGCAGAGACAAGGCAUUAUAGAUGGAGGACUUGGCGGUCAAGGUAUUUUAACUGAUGCUGGUCAAGGUGGUCUUGGUGGUGUAAUGCAAGGUCAAAGUGGUUUCAGCGGUAUUACUCAAGGUCAGGGUAAUCUCGGUGGUGUAAUUCAAGGACAGGAUGGAUUUAGAACAAAUGCUAUCAUGAAUCAAAAUUUCCCGAACCAGGUUGGGAAUCAGCAGAGGAAUUAUUACACUUUCCAAGGCAAUCAAAACUCUGGAUUCUUUGAAAUGCCCCAAGGUCACUCCUUUACGACGAAUACUACUUUGACAACGACUUACUCAAAACCCUCCAGAGGGGACCUAGCUAACCCAGAACUAGAAUUUGACAGGGAGCCAGGGGUAGUAAUUGAAAGAGAAACGAAGAAAUCCCCUUACAGCAAAAACUGCCCGCCAGAAAAACAGGUCUGCAAAAGCAAAUUUACAACAAAUGAGCCGACUAUCUAUGGAUCAGUUUCCAUCAUGAAAAUGAUCUGUGAAAUGGAAUGCAGCGAUGGAAAACCGUCUUGUCCAGCAGUACUGUGUAUCUGUGCUUGUCCGGAGGGUCAGGAUGGUUCUCUGAUGAAAUUACUUUUUGAUGUAAGAUGAAACAUUCCAGGAAAAAAUAUGUAAUGCCUUUAAAUACUGGCAUAUCAUUAAUUGAUCGGUAUUCCUUUCGUGGAAAUAAACUUGAUAUACCUCCA